AUUCAUUCCAUUCCAUCACACUUGUUCCUUUCCUAUAUAUCAUACACCCACUUUCACAACAAUUCACAAUUUCAUCCUAUUCUUAAAUCUUAACCUACCUAUAACCUAGCUCAUCUUAAAAGGAAAAAAAAAAACAAAGAUUAAUUGAUUAUUAAUAAUAUCUUAUCUAUAAUGGAUCAUUUGAGAAAUGAUCAACCUUCUACCUGUCCAACCAAAGUUGAAAGAAGACUUGUGGAGAAAAACAGAAGAAAUCAGAUGAAGAUUCUCUACACCAAACUCAACUCUCUUCUCCCUAACUAUAGCCCUACGGAGUUGGCGUUGGCAUUACCGGACCAAGUAGAUGAAGCCAUAAACUAUAUAAAGUGUUUAGAGGCAAAUGUGAAGAUGGCUGAGGAGAAGAAAGAGAGAUUGUUAAUGGAGAAGAAGAAAAGAUCGCGUGAAUGUUGUUUUGGUGUACCAAAAUCGCCAUGUUUCGAAAUUCAUGAAUUUGGUUCUUCUCUGCAAGUCGUUCUAACGUGUGGUUUAGAUAAUCAGUUCAUAUUCUAUGAAAUUACUCGUGUGUUGCAUGAAGAGAAUGUAGAUGUCAAGAGUGUCAAUUCCUCGAGAAUUGGAGAUGAUUCUUUCCUACAUGUCGUGCAUGCUGAGAUUCCUCAGACUUGUGUUCAAUUUGGAGCGACAAAAGUGAGUGAAAGAUUGAGAAUGUUUGUGAGUGGAUCAUCCAGUGAUGUGGAAAUACAGCCUCAUGAGUUCUGGGAUUUUGAAAUUGGAAAUGAUGUAUGGAGUUUCUAGGUAGAGUCAUGGCUAGGAGUUUCAUUGAUUUAGAAUAAAAGUUAUUGAGGCAAGAUAAUAAGGAGUCCAAAAUUUAAAAUGAAGCAGUUAGUAUUAUUGGAUGGACAUCAUUAUAUUUCUAGGUAUAUAUUGUGUAGUGAUGAAAAAUAUGUUCAAGAUAUUUUUGAAUGCAUCUACAAUGUAUCAAGUUAUGUGAUUCAUUUCUCAGGGUAUUGAUAAUGGUUGAACAUACUAGACCAACAAUUCAUUUGUUUGAAAUUGUUAGUGUUACUUAAUUGACUUUGCUAUUAUAUAUGGAAGUGAACAGAAGGAUAAUGGUAAUUGGGCUCUAGCUAGAUAUGUGUCACAAUUUGUUGAAGAUUCCAGAA